AUGGCAGGCAGUCACAGAGGUCGCUAUGAAGAUGGCUACGUUCCCGCCUACCCGAUUCAUCCAAUGGAGGCUGAUCCUGCUGUGGGGGUGUUUCCACGUCACAUAGCUCGUCCCUAUAACAUUUGGGCUAACUGUUCGAGCGCGCCCAUCAACUAUCGGUGGCCCCUAGCCGUGCCCUACUCCCCACCUGCCUACCUCUACGACUACGACUCAGAGUGCGAACGGGCCAAACACAUGCCCAUCGACAUUCCCCGUCCGCUGCCGCCCGACCAUUGCCGGAUCCACCGAGCCUUUGGCCGACCCGACAUUGAACCCCCCAUGUGGGUUGCCGAUCCUCACAUUGCUGCCAUUCUCGCAAUAUACGAUCGGUUUGGUCGCCUGCUCUAUGGCCACCCAUCGAGUCCGGUGGAUGUACUGGAGUACGUGGUGUUCGAGAACUACAUCACCGAUGAGUACGGUCAGUGGCGAAUUCACGGAAAGGUGGCGCCCGCGUGGGCACGUGGCUUCGCCGCCGUCGCUGCUCCCCGGAAAACCUACCGCCUCGUCUCUUUUCCUGACCCCACAACAUAG